UGGUUGGCAACCCUGCACAUAGCAGGAGGUUUGAAAGUUGCUACCAAAAGUAUUGAAAGAGAACUCAUCUGCCCAGCAUGCAAGGAGUUGUUCACCCACCCGCUGAUCCUUCCUUGUCAACACAACUUGUGUCACAAAUGUGUGAAAGAUAUACUGUUCACAGUUGAAGACUCGUUGGCUGAUGCAGGUUCUGAAUCCUCAAAUCAGAGCAGCCCGCGGUUCCGAAUCUCUUCUGCUAGCUUGGACAAGAUUGACAGAAUUAGUAGAUCAGGCAGAAAACGCAACUCUCUGACUCCUAGAACAACUAUGUUUCCUUGUCCUGGCUGCCUGCAUGAUAUUGAUCUUGGGGAACGUGGUGUCAAUGGCUUAUUUCGAAAUUUUACUUUGGAAACAAUUGUGGAACGACACCGACAGGCAGCCAGGGCAGCCAUAGCUAUUAUGUGUGACUUCUGCAAACCUCCACCUCAAGAAUCCACAAAAAGCUGCAUGGACUGCAGUGCAAGCUAUUGCAAUGAAUGUUUCAAGGUACACCAUCCCUGGGGAACUGUAAAAGCUCAGCAUGAGUAUGUUGGACCAACCACCAACAUCAGACUUAAAAUUCUGAUGUGUCCAGAACAUGAAAUGGAGAAAGUGAACAUGUACUGUGAAAUCUGCCGAAGGCCUGUCUGUCAUCUUUGUAAACUGGGUGGAUCUCAUGCAAACCACAGGAUAACAGCAAUGAGCACUGCCUAUAAAACUCUGAAGGAAAAGCUUUCAAAAGAUAUAGAGUAUCUCAUCAGUAAGGAAAGCCAAGUAAAAGCUCACAUCUCACAGCUGGGUCUGCUGCUGAAAGAAACAGAGUGCAAUGGGGAAAGAGCUAAAGAAGAGGCAUCUCAGAGUUUUGAGAAAUUAAUUAAUAUCCUGGAGGAGAAGAAGUCUGCAGCUCUUAGGGCAAUUGAAGUGUCUAAGAAUUUAAGGCUGGACAAAUUGCGAACCCAAGCAGAAGAAUAUCAAGGUCUCCUGGAAAAUAAUGGCCUUGUAGGAUAUGCUCAAGAAGUGCUUAAAGAAACUGAUCAGUCCUGUUUUGUUCAAACAGCAAAACAACUUCACGUCAGAAUCCAAAAAGCUACCGAAUCUCUGAAGAGCUUCCGGCCAGCAGCUGAAAGUUCUUUUGAAGAUUUUGUGGUGGACACAACCAAGCAAGAAGUGAUCCUUGAUGACUUAUCCUUCUAUUCCAAUGGUCUGGAAAUACCAGAAAUCAAUGAGGAGCAAUGCAGAAUGUAUAACAAAGCUGUGAUCAGUUGGGAGUCCUCCAGGAAGACAGACUCUGCUGAUAUGUAUGUUCUUCAGUAUCGCAAGCAUAGUAGAGAAGAGGAGAGUGUGAUGUGGCAGGAGGUUGAAGUUUACAGCAAAAGCAAAGUCAUAUCUGAUCUUGAUGAUGACAGUAGCUACGCCUUUAGAGUUCGAGGAUACAGAGGGUCCAUGUGUAGCUCGUGGAGCAAAGAAGUUAUUUUGCGUACACCUCCUGCUCCAGUUCUUAGCUUUCUUUUUGAUGACAAAUGUGGGUACAACAGUGAACAUCUCCUGCUGAACCCAGAAAGAACCUCUGUGGAAAGCAUGGCUGGAUUUCCUUUACUGCUAAGAGCUGAAUGCAUGCAUUUUGGAUGCUACACAACCCUGAAUUACAUCAUUGGUGACACUGGUAUUGCGAAAGGGAAGCACUUCUGGGCUUUUCAUGUGGAAGCCUAUUCUUACUUGGUAAAAGUGGGAGUUGUUUCUAGCACCAAGAUACAGAAAUUUUUCCACAAUACACAUGAUGUGACAAGCCCAAGAUCUGAACAUGACAGUGGUCAUGACAGUGAGAGUGAAGAUGCCUGUUUGGAUUCAUCACACCCUUUCACACUGGUCACUUUGGGCAUGAAGAAGUUUUUCAUCCCCAAGGCAGCUGCUGACCCAAGGGAAGCUGCUGACCCCAAGGAUUCAGCAAGUAGAAUCCUUCCCCUGCCCUCCUGCAUGGGGAUCUGCCUUGACUGUGACAAUGGCAAGGUGGGCUUUUAUGAUGCCAACCACAUGAAAUGCCUGUAUGAGUGUGAGGUAGAAUGCUCAGGCAUAAUGUACCCAACAUUUGCCUUAAUGGGUGGUGCAGCAGUUCAUCUCCAGGAAGCCAUCCCAGCAAAGUACUUGGAAUACCAAGAUGACCUGUAGGCUAGUGAUCUCCUGAUGCUGUUCUGAAAUUAAAAAUAAUAGCAGAAGCAUUUUACCUUAGUUUUCAGUCCUGAUUCAAAUACAGUAUACCUAAGUGCUGUACACGAGCCUUUGGUUCACACUUCUGUGUUGCUUUGUUUGUUUGUUUGUUUGAAUAGUCCAGACACUUCCAACACAAGGAACUGUUCUUCCAGGAACUCUCCUGCCUUUCUUGUGAUCUGUGUGAUGGUGAUCUCCACAAACUUUCCUCCUAGGGAAGGUGGGGAGGAAGUUUGACUAACAACCAAAAUUACUUUUCAGGGAUAGAAAUCUGCCUUUUAUGUAACAUAGAUUCUCAUAUAGUCAGUUUUGAGUUUAACAGACCAAACUGACAGUAUAUGAUUGCCAUUAUUCUUUGAGAUACCUGUCUUAAUGCAUCUGCAGGAUCAAAAUUGCACUAAUAGAAUAAAAAGCAGUGAGAAAUGAAAACUGCAGAUGAACAUUUAGGCUGUAUUUGGAAGGAGGAAGUUAAACUAGAAACUUUUAUUUCAUGUAAGUGUAAUGUAACUGUAAGCUGAAACUAGUUCUAACGCCUGAUGUAGAGUUGAUGGUAUAAUUGUAAGUUCCUGUACUGUUCAAGGCUUUUAGUGUAGACAUAAAAUAUAUGAAGUGCAAUUUGACCCUAAGUUUCAGAUUUCCAAGUCUGAUAUCAGAAGUUUUUGCAUGUAUGAGUGGUAGUACCUGGUUUUAGGCAAAAGUAAAUAAGUACUUGACACAACUAAUAACAUGCAAACUUUAAAGAAUUCAUGUAUUUCUGUUAAUACAUGUUUUUCUAAGUUAAUUUUUUAAUCUAAUAUUGGCUUUUUAGUAAGAAUGAUAAGAUGCACUGAUUCAGUUUUGAGACUCAAUUUCUGCCUUAAAAGGUGUCUCUGUUUCUGUUCCGCUCAUGUUAAAAACUGUAUCAUGUUGUAGUGCUUGCAUCUGUUUGGAAGAAAUUUACAGAAACAGAAAUCAAAUGUUUGAGUACUUCUACUGUUAAUUUUAAUUGUGGAAAAAUAAGCUUCUGAAGUGAAGGACGUUUCUAAAAUACACUCAAUUUUUUAUGAAUUUGGGGAUAUAAUGUUGCAUCUUGAUGAAUGUGUAUCCCAGUGUGCAAUUUUCCUUUUUCCUUUUAUCUACCAAAUAUAAUACCGGUUUAAAGCUACAGAUUGUAGGGUUAGAUUUCCCAAUCUCUUAUUCCCAGAUCAAAUCUCUUUCUACAGGUAAAUAUCUCAUUUUUAAUUCUUCUGUUUUAGAAGUUGUUCUAAAUUACAGGUUUUGUGUCUCAGUUAGCACUCCACACUUACAUCCUUAGAAGCAUCUGGACCAAUAUGACCAGACUUUAGCAUUUCAUUACUUUAUGAAAAUAGUCAUAAAAUAGCCACACCAUCUUAAAUGUGAAGAUAAGCCAGUCUGAGGGACUAUCUUUUAAAAGAAGGAGGAAAAAAAAGGUUGUGAUUUAAGAAAACAGAAGUAAAAGAAGAAAAAUUCAGUUUUUUUCUUACUAUAUCUUUGCCUGAUGUUCCUUUAAGAUGUGCUCUGCUAUGCAAUUAUUUAUUCUACUGUACACAGACUGAUAUUACUUAAAACAUUUACCUGCCUUUUGAUAUGUCAGUUUGUAAGUAUUUCAUUGAUCAUUUUAAAAUUGCUAUGGCUUUUGGUGUAGAAUACCUUGAAUGUAAGGGUUUUCAUCUCACUACUGUAUGGCGCUUGCUCCAGUUUAUUAAAUAGAAGCUCACUGUCAGAGGCAAAUGAUUUUUUCCGCCUGUCAGACAUACAGUUCAGUAGUACAUGCCUACACUGGCACUUACUUUUCCAAAACAAUUUUCUUCCUACAAAACAGCACCUUACAAUGUGGACUAAGCUAAGAAUGGUGUGAUAUUGUGUGGAUCUCUGUGCAAUAUAGCUGUCUGGUGACUACUGUGUGAUUUGCAUAGCUCCAUUCAGGUGUGAAUCAUGUAGACCCUUCUUAAGUAUCUAAAGCUUUAAUAAAAAGGCCUUAUUUAAAAAUACUCUGAAAUGUAAAUGUGAUGUUAGGCUGGUUUUUUUUUCUAAAUAAAAGCU